AUGGUGAAACUCUAUUGCAUUAGCAUUCUUUACAAAGGCCCUACAUCAGCUACAUGGUUAAAAUCAGCCUAUGACCUACAAAGUUUCAGCUACUUUCAAAGAGGCUCUGUGCAAGAAUUCAUGUUGUUUUGUGCUAAAACCAUUGCUGAAAGGACAAUACCAGCUUCAAGGCAAUCUGUAAAAGAAGGCGAAUACUUUUGUCAUGUGUAUGUAAGAGCUGACAACUUAGCAGGAGUUAUUAUUUCAGACCAAGAGUAUCCUUCAAGAGUAUCUCAUACGUUGCUCACCAAAAUCCUCGAUGAUUUUGCUGAUAAAAUCCCUUCUACCAGUUGGCCUAAUUUACAAGAAAGAGAUGUGGCUUUUCCGCAAAUAAAUACCUAUUUAGCCAAAUACCAGAAGCCAGCCGAGGCAGAUAUAUUGACAAAAAUCCAAGGAGAAUUGGAUGAAACUAAAAUUAUAUUGCACAAUAACAUUGCAGCUGUUUUGGAUAGGGGCGAAAAGUUGGACGACCUAGUUUCCAAGUCUGAAGGUUUGAGUAUACAAUCGAAAGCUUUUUAUAAAACUGCAAGGAAAACUAAUGCUUGCUGUAGUUUUUCUUAA